CUGGGACGUUAUGUCUAAUGAAAUUUCGUAGGGUCAAAAUAAAUUACUUCCGUGUUCUUGUCCGAAAUGACGGAAAUCGCCUGGUCAAAUAAACGCGAGGAAUACGAGUUAAAAGAUGUUAUUGGUGCGGGGGCCACUGCAGUGGUGCAGGCUGCGUUCUGCAAGCCAAGGAAUGAGAAUGUGGCUGUGAAGAGAAUCAACCUGGAAAAAUGCAACACCACUGUGGAAGAACUCCUGAAAGAGAUUCAGGCUAUGAGCCAGUGCAAGCAUGAGAACGUAGUCAGCUACCAUACAUCGUUUGUGGUCAAGGAUGAACUCUGGGUCAUCAUGAAGCUGUGUGGAGGAGGUUCCAUGCUCGACAUAAUAAAGUCAAAGAUGCGCACUGGCCAUUGUACUAACGGUGUGUUCGACGAAUCCACCAUCGCAACCAUUCUGAAAGAAGUGCUGAAAGGCCUGGAAUACUUCCAUAGCAACGGGCAAAUUCACAGGGACAUUAAGGCUGGGAACAUUCUGUUGGGGAAGGAUGGAAAUGUGUAUAUUGCUGACUUUGGUGUGUCGGCAUGGUUGGCCACUGGCAAGGAUCAGACCCGGGACACUGUGAGACACACAUUUGUCGGCACACCAUGCUGGAUGGCACCUGAAGUCAUGGAACAGGUGACAGGGUACGACUUCAAGGCCGACAUCUGGAGUCUUGGUAUCACUGCUAUUGAGCUGGCCACCGGCACUGCACCUUACCACAGGUUCCCUCCAAUGAAGGUAUUGAUGCUGACCCUACAGAAUGAUCCCCCAUCCCUGGAUGCUGGGGCUGAGGACAAAGACCAGUACAAGAACUACAGCAAAGUCUUCCGCAAAUUUAUCUCUGACUGUCUGAAGAAAGAACCUGAGAAAAGACCUACAGCCAAACAGCUUCUGAAGCAUGAGUUUAUCAAGAAAGCUAAGGACAGGGCUUACCUGAUAAAGACUCUGCUGUCCGAAGGAUCCCCGGUAAAGCCACAGAAAGUGAAGCGUGUGCCGGGUUCCAGUGGACGGCUCCACAAGACAGAGGACGGUACGUGGGAGUGGUCGGAUGAUGAGAUGGAUGCUGAGUCUGAAGAGGGGAUGGCAGCUGCCUCGGAGCAUGGCAGGAUAAUGCCUAAGGGAAAAAUGGUGUCUGAGAAAAAUCAGAGACUACCUCACGGCGAGCUCGGGGACAUCGCGGAAGAUUCCGAGUCGCCCCGUGUUCGGCCCGGGGAAGAUGAAGAUGAUGAGGCUGUGAAGAACCUAGCAGAGGACAUCACAAAGCUUCCCCUGGGGUCUACAGGCCCCGACCCACCCCCAACCACAGACCAGGGCCUACCUGUCAGCCAACCUGCUGAAGAACAAUCAGAAGGCGGCUCGUCUGUGGAUAACCCCGUUCAAAUUAAUCUGGUGCUGAGACUGAGGAAUGAGAAGAGAGAGCUGAACGAUAUCAAGUUUGACUUCACCCCCGGCUCAGAUUCAUCUGACAGUGUAUCUCGUGAGUUGGUGGAAGCGGGACUGGUGGAUGGAAAAGACAUGAUUGUUGUGGCAGCUAAUCUUCAGAAGAUCUUGGACAACAGGAUGGUGAAAAGUCUAACUUUUGGUUUGAAUUCUGGUUGUGCCCCAAACGAAGCGCCAUGUGAUAAGUCUUUGAUAGGCUUCGCUCAGUUGUCCAUCAACGAUUGACAGCCGAUUUAAACCAUAGAUUUUCACCUUUAUGUGCUGACAACACCAAUAGACUAUGUAUGCUUUAAGGAUGUUUAAUGAUAUGACUUUGUAAAGUGAUGUUUACAUGUAGUGUAAUAUUUGUUUUUCUCUGCCGUUAUGAUAUUUUAUUAAAUAAAACAAUAUUUUGGAAAUAUCUAUCGCUGUGUUUAAGGAAACUUGUAAAAGUGCAAAAAAUCUCUAAAUGAAUAUCAUGACUCAGAUUGAGAUAAAUGUUAGUAACAGGGUUUUCCCUGACACAGAAAACCUGGGUCCCGAAUUCUUUUUUCAACCUUUCGACUCACAUUUUGAACUUGACAUGGGACCCCAAAAAUAAACAUUCAUUGAUUGAAAAUCAAGUGUUUGGACCCAUAUUAUGACCAAAGACCUCCUUUUUUUCUUGCCCAGCAUGAGGUUAAAAUAAAUCCCUGCUGAACAUUUUAAGAAAAUAGUUAUAGUUCAAUAAAACAUGUCAGAAAUGACAUUUUAAUGUUGAAAGCAGAAAUUUAGGGAAAUAACUGCAACUGUUAUUAUAAUCAUAGAUUUUUUUACACACAAACGAUUAACAACAAUCAACAUGCAUUUAUUUUUUAUACCUUUAAUAUGGUAAUUUACAAGUACACGGUAGUUUUUUUUCAUGGAUCGAACAAAAGUAUUAUGGAUUCAGUGUCAGUCCAUUAGGAAUGUUUUUUGUGUUUGAUUUUUCCAGACCUGUUAUAAAUAUACCUACCUGUAUAGAUCUACAAUUCAUGUACUUCCCCAUUUCCGCUUGAACAAAUUCUUUUUUAUAUUUGUUUGUGCUAAUUAUAGGACUGGUGAAUGUAGUCUAAAAUGCUUGCUAGCUUGAUUUGUAAAUGUUGCAGAAUGUUGCGCUGUUUGUUCAAAUUUAUAAAUAUCAAGUUAUAUAUAGUUGUAUACAGUGGAUAAAAUUUUCUUUUUCAAAUGAAAAUAUAUCCAAAUACUUAAAUAAAAUUUGCUAAGCAUCGAAUAUAUUGUAAUGAUACUUAGAUGUUAUAAAGUUGCACUCUCACAGAUAUACCGUUUUGACAACUUUUUUUAGUUUUAGCUCACCUGUCACGUAGUGACAAGGUGAGCUUUUGUGAUCACUCUUCGUCCGUCGUCCGUCCGUCCGUCCGUCCGUCCGUUCACAAUUGCUUGUGAACACAAUAGAGGUCACAAUUUUGACCUAAUCUUUAUGAAACUUGGUCAGACUGAUCAUCUUUAUUAAAUCUAGGUCAAGUUCGAUAUUGGGUCAUCUGGGGUAAAAAACUAGGUCACUAGGUCAAUUAGUAGAAAAACCUUGAGAACACAAUAGAGGUCACAAUUUUAGCCUAAUCUCAAUGCAACUUGGUCAGAAUGGUCAUCUCUAUAAAAUCUAGGUCAAGUUCGAUAUUGGGUCAUCCGCGGUCAAUAAUUAGGUCACUAGGUCAAUUAGUAGAAAAACCUUGUGAACACAAUAGAGGUCACAAUUUUAGCCUAAUCUCAAUGCAACUUGGUCAGAAUGAUCAUCUCUAUAAAAUGUAGGUCAAGUUCGAUAUUGGGUCAUCCGCGGUCAACAACUAGGUCACUAGGUCAAUUAGUACAAAAACCUUGUGAACACAAUAGAGGUCACAAUUUUAGCCUAAUCUCAAUGCAACUUGGUCAGAAUAAUCAUCUCUAUAAAAUCUAGGUCAAGUUCGAUAUUGGGUCAUCCGCAGUCAAUAACUAGGUCACUAGGUCAAUUAUUAGAAAAACCUUGUGAACACAACAGAGGUCACAAUUUUGACCUAAUAUUUAUGAAACUUGGUCAGACUGAUCAUCUCUAUGAAAUCUAGGUCAAGUUCGAUAUUGGGUCAUAUGGGGUCAAAAACUAGGUCAGUAGGUCAAUUAGUAGAAAUACCUUUUGAACACAUUAGAGGUCACAAUUUUAGCCUAAUCUCAAUGCAACUUGGUCAGAAUGAUCAUCUCUAUAAAAUCUAGGUCAAGUUCGAUAUUGGGUCAUCCGCGGUCAAUAACUAGGUCACUAGGUCAAUAAGUAGAAAAACCUUGUGAACACAAUAGAGGUCACAAUUUUAGCCUAAUCUCAAUGCAAAUUGGUCAGAAUGAUCAUCGCUGUAAAAUGUAGGUCAAGUUUGAUAUUGGGUCAUUCACGGUCAAUAACUAGGUCACUAGGUCAAUUAGUACAAAAACCUUGUGAACACAAUAGAGGUCACAAUUUUAGCCUAAUCUCAAUGCAACUUGGUCAGAAUGAUCAUCUCUAUAAAAUCUAGGUCAAGUUCGAUAUUGGGUCAUCCGCGGUCAAUAACUAGGUCACUAGGUCAAUUAGUACAAAAACCUUGUGAACACAAUAGAGGUCACAAUUUUAGGCUAAUCUUAAUGCAACUUGGUCAGAAUGAUCAUCUCUAUAAAAUCUGGGUCAAGAUCGAUAUUGGGUCAUACGCAGUCAAUAACUAGGUCACUAGGUCAAUUAUUAGAAAAACCUUGUGAACAAAAUAGAGGUCACAAUUUUAGCCUUAUCUUAAUGAAACUUGGUCAGAAUGAUCAUCUUAACAUAAGCUAGGUCAAGUUCCAUAUUGGGUCAACCCAGGUCAAAAACUAGGUCACUAGGUCAAUUAUUUUUAUUUACCGGUGAUAUUUGAACAUAAAUGUCUAUGUUUGAGAACUUUCAGCUGUUUCAUAUUUCUGAUAAAUAUGAUUAUCAUUUUGCAAGUGCAACUACCGACUCUUAAAUAAUGUCUAUUUGGAUUUUCUUGUAUCAUUCUAUUUAUGGCAGAUAUUAAUUGUUCUUAUUAAGACUUACAAUCACAUUAUAUAAAUAUUUUUGGAUUUAUUAUUGAUUUACAUAACCAUACGUAAUUCUACUAAAUUUUAUUUCCAAUUUAUAAUAAUAUCUUUUUAGAUUUUUUUUUAUGAAAUUGCCUUUUUAGCUCACCUGUCACUUUGUGACAUGGUGAGCUUUUGUGAUCGCCUUUUGUCCGUCGUGCGGCGUGCGUCGUCCGUCAACAAUUUACUUAAAAGACAUCUCCUCCUUAACCGCUAGGCCAAUAUUAAUAAAACUUCAUAGGUUCCUUGGGUUGUCUUCUAUCAAAGUUGUUCAAAGAAUUCAAUUCCAUACAGAACUCUGGUUGCCAUGGCAACCAAAAGGAAAAACUUUAAAAAUCUUCUUCUCCCAAACCACAAGGCUUAGGCCGUUGAUAUAUGGUAGGUAGGAUCACCAAAUGGUCCUCUACCAAGAUUGUUCAAAUUAUGGCCCUGGGGUCAAAAUUGGCCACGUCCCGGGGGUCAUGGGUUUUCUCUAUAUGUUUAUAGUGAAAACUUAAAAAAUCUUCUCCUCUGAACUUACUUGGCCUAGAGCUUAGAUAUUUGGCAUGAUUCAUCGUCUGGUGGACCUCUACAAAGUUUGUUCAAAUUAUGGCCCUGGGGUCAAAAUUGGCCCCGCCCCGGGGGGUCAUGGGUUUUCUCUAUAUGUUUAUAGUGAAAACUUAAAAAAUCUUCUCCUCUGAACUUACUUGGCCUAGAGCUUAGAUAUUUGGCAUGGUUCAUCGUCUAGUGGACCUCUACAAAGUUUGUUCAAAUUAUGGCCCUGGGGUCAAAAUUGGCCCCGACCCGGGGGGUCAUGGGUUUUCUCUAUAUGUUUAUAGUGAAAACCUUAAAAAAUCUUCUCCUCUGAACUUACUUGGCCUAGAGCUUAGAUAUUUGGCAUGGUUCAUCGUCUAGUGGACCUCUACAAAGUUUGUUCAAAU